AUGUCUGUACCUUCCAUGAUGCAAGCCCUCGUCACUGUCGAGGGCAACAAGGCCGAAGUCAAGCAAGUCCCUGUUCCUUCGCUCGACAAGGAUGAAAUCCUCAUCCGAACUACCGCUGUCACGCUCAACCCUACCGAUUGGAAGCAUGUUGCUAUCAUCUCUCCACCUGGUAACACUGUCGGCUGCGACUUUGCUGGAGUCGUUGAGCAGCUCGGUCCCGAUGUAAAGAACAAGUCCAUCAAGAAGGGUGACCGUGUUGCUGGCUUCGUCCACGGGGCCAAGGAUCCCGACCGUGGCAGCUUUGCUCAGUAUCUCAAGACCAAUAGCGAGAUCGUCGCCAAGAUUCCCGAUGGCGUAGAUGACUUUGUUGCCAGCUCCGUCGGUGCUCUCUUCCACCGUCUCUCUCUCCCUGUGCCUGACUACUCUAAAGGUGCCGUCAAAGUCACUGGUGACGCAACCGAGGUUCUCAUCUGGGCCGGAAGCACCGCUGUCGGUCAGUGGGCUAUCCAGCUCGCUCAUAUCUCUGGCUUCAGGGUUAUCACCACUGCCAGUCCCAAGAACCACCAACUCCUCAAGGAAAUCGGUGCCGAAGACGUCUACGACUACCGAGACGAGACCACACCCCAAAAGAUCGCAUCCAAGUAUCCCAACCUAAGCAAGGCUCUCGACUGCAUCUCCGAGAAUGGCACCCAGCAGCUCUGUGUCAAGUCGCUCGGCGCCAAAGGUGGAGAUGUUGUCGUACUCCUCAAGCCAGAUGCUGAAGCCAUUGCGCUCCGCAAGAGCGAAGUCAACAUCAUUCACACCCUCGCUUACACCGCCCUCGGCCGCCCCUUCUCCUAUGGCAAGGCCGUGUUCGACGAGCAGUGCGUCACUGCCGACUCGAACCUCAUGAAGGAGUGGCUCAAUGGCGACCACGGUCACUUCUACACUCUCUUCUCCAAGGGUCUUGUUCGCGGCAACAGGAUCAAAGAGAUGUCCGGUGGUCUCAACAGGAUCACUGAAGGUCUCAAGUACUUGCAAGACGGUAAAGUCUCAGCAGAGAAGCUUGCUUACAAGAUCAGCUCGUAA